CUGAUACUGGUGGGCUGUGGGAGGUCCCCAGACACUGGGGGGAUCUCGACCCCAGCUGUGGUGUCCAGGCUCUUGACACCACCUUAAGAAUGAAGUCAAGGAUCAGUCAGCAAAUAGGGAAAGGAGAUUUAUUGCAAAGCAAAAAGUACACACUCAAGAAAGGGGAGUUUGGGCAUACUGGAGAGAGAACAAUGGGUUCUGGGGUUUCAUCUUGAUGGGUUUCUUUAACCAAGGAGUGGAAUAUUCAUGAAAAUUCCCGGAAUAUAAAAAACUAACACAAGGUAAGGGCUAAGGUCUGGAGAUGGCUGCCCAAGAGAUGACAAAGUCCAACACCACGCUUGGGAGUGUCCAACCAUCUCUUCUGGGACAGCAUAUUUUUCUACAAUCCUGAAUUUGGAAAACAAGCAACAAGAUUCAUGAAACUGGACAACUGUCUUUAUAACAUUACCAGUGAUAAAACCAGUAAGGAAGGCUGGUUUGCAGCCAUCCGACCUGCCUCUUUACUUUCAUAAAUACGGUUUCUCUCUGAUAUUAAACGGCUUCCAAUUUCAAGCGGAAUGCUACAUCACAAGGAUAAGGAUGUGAAGAGAACCGAACGUUCCGCACAGGAGUUUUUGCGAAUUAAAAGCCAUUAUUUGAAGAAGGGUGCCCAGCAGGAUCCAUCUGGCCGCGGAAAGGUUGCUCCGCAACACAGGCGAAGGAGCUGCUGCUUUGGGAGUGAACAGAUGCCGGGGCGGGAGGCAAAAAGGGAGACGCAGACGUCACUUCCCCUUGCCGGCUCUUACAGCGCAUUGGGCGGCUGAGUGACAGACAGGCACACGAGGACUGGGAAUGGCACUGUCGGUGACAUCACGAGUAGGGCGACUUCUAUGUAGAUGAGGCAGAGCAGGGGCUGCUGCUUGGCCACCUGCUGCUUCGCCACGAAGGAGUUUCCAUGCCGUGGAGCGGGUUCACGAACGCUGGUCGGACCUGAGAAUCCCAGCUGUGUUGUCAGGGCUAGAAGGGCUCGGGAGUGCGCGUGGCAAGUGACCGUGAGUGUAAAGGGGACCUGCUGCAGCUGGGAGGGGAGCUGGCCCAGACAUCAUGAGCUGUCCAGGAGGCAGGCCUGGGACUGAUCCCGGACCUGCGGCUGGCAGAGAGCCGGACCGAGGCAGCCCUGGAGAAGCAGGCCCAGCUAGAGGAGCAGCUGCAGGACAAGAUGCUCCACGAGAAGGACCUGGCCCAGCAGCAGAUGCAAAGCGACCUGGACGAGGCUGACCUCAGUGCCACAGUGACAGAGCUGGGCCUGGCAGUGGAGCGUCUUCAGAAGCAGAAUCUGGAGAAGGAUCAGGUCAACAAGGACCUCACCGAGAAGCUUGAGGCCCUGGAAUCCCUGCGGCUACAGGAGCAGGCGGCCCUGGAGACAGAGGACGGAGAGGGGCUACAGCAGACCCUAAGGGACCUGGCACAGGUGUGAGCCCAGAGAGCAGGGAAGAUAGGGCCCUGCCAGGCGGUCCUGGGCUCCCCCGCCACGCCUUUUGGUGGCCUGGGACUGAACUGCAAAUGGGUGGGGGCCUGGAGCCCAGGCUGUAGCUGCUCAGCACCCCUGCUAGCUCACCCGGCCCCUGCCCUGGGGAACCCCCAGUGUCAGAGGGGAGGCACGGCCCUUCCGGAGCCCACCUGUGAGCAACGCCAAAUGAUGUCUUC